AUGGCUGGACCAAUCGAUACGGCGGCAGCUGCCAUCAACAAAAUCAUUAUGGUCCUGUUUCAGAUUUGGCAAAUGGGCCUCGCCAAAAUCCUCGCGCCCGAACCUCCACCACCUGGCAAGAAGCUUCAUAGACCUCGUGUCGCCAUCAUAGGAGCUGGACUUACAGGCGUGUCGGCCGCAGCACACUGCGUCGGCAACGGUUUCGAUGUCCAGAUUUUCGAGGCUGGUCCUCGAGAACAUCUUGGUGGUAUCUGGGCUAAGGUGAACAACACUUCUGGACUGCAAAUCCAUUCCGUCAUGUAUCGCUUCUUCCCUACAGUUUUCUGGAACAAAGGCUAUCCCAAUCGCAAAGAGAUUGUCGAGCAGAUUGAAAAGGUCUGGAAGCAAUACAACCUGAAUGAAAAGACAAAGUUCGACUGCAAGGUCAACUCUGUCAAGGAAGACGAUAAGGGACGCUGGAUCGUCAAUGACGACUCAAGCGAAAAGUUCGACGGAAUCAUUGCCGCCGUUGGCAGCUGUGGUGACCCGAAGAUGCCGCACAUCCCUGGUCAAGAGAAGUUCAAGGGACAAAUCUACCACUCCAGCGAGCUCGACGGUAAAGACGUCAAGGACAAGACCGUCCUGAUCAUCGGUGGAGGUGCCAGUGCCAUCGAGGCCAUGGAGUUUACCACCAAGGGAGAGGCGAAGAACGCAAAGAUCCUCUCACGAUCUGAGAAGUGGAUCAUUCCUCGCAACCCUGUCAUCGAUAUGCUUCUGUCCUUCAACAUCUUUGGACAAGAGACCAUGUUCUCGUGGAUCCCUGAAAAACUGCUUCGCAAGUUCUUCUACCGUGACUUGGCCGACAUCUCACCUCCUCCAGGCUCGGCUGGUAUCUUCGAAGAAACGCCCAUGGUCAACAACGAUGUGUUGGAGCAGAUCCGCUCCGGCAAGGCCGAAUGGCUUCGAGGCGAUAUCCUCGAGGUGGAAGAGAACGGUAUCAGAUUCAACCGUCGUCAACAAGGUGUCCCUAAGAACGGCCCUGGACAUGAGAGAGUGGAAGAGGGCGAGGUCAUCAUCAUGGCAACAGGAUAUAAGCGCCCUAGCUUGAGCUUCCUCCCCGAAGAGUGUUUCAAGGAGCCUUACGCUGCCCCCAACUGGUACCUGCAAACAUUCCCUCCGCAGCACAAGUCUAUCUGUGCCAACAACUGCACCUAUGUUGGCGGCAUUGGCACGGUCGGAAACUUCCAUAUUGGUGUCUACACCCGUAUCCUCCUGAUGUUCCUCCUCGACCCUCUGACCCGUCCCUCAACUUACUGGAUGGAAUUUUGGGUGGACAUGACGAGAUGGCUCAAAGCUAGAGCACCCACAGGGGCCUUUGACUUCUUCACCUACAGCGAAUUGCUGUGGUGGUUCUUCUUCUGUAUCACCAUCAACCCCUUCAGAUGGAAGUGGGCCAUCUUUGUGUUUACGGGCGUGGGCAUUGGAUUGCCAUUGGAAGUUGUGGACAAGGAGGAGAAGAUCAGAAAUGGCCUUGGAAAGCCAGCUGAUCACAAGACGCACACUUACUAG